GGCCCCGCGCGGAUCCGUGAGCGCAGGGAUGGCCGCCUCGCUCGGUUGCCGCGCAGCCGGUUGGUUGAAGGAAGGCCGCGUUUGGGUGCCGCGCCGUUAAAGCCGGUGGAGCUGAGCGUUGCGGGGAGCUGCCGCUGUCGUGGUUUGAAAUCCUGCCUCCUCGCUCGGCUUUUCUUUGUUAAAUAUCGCGGUCGGCAAGUGGGAGUUAUGUCCUUAUGUCCCGUGCGUCUCUGGAGGUGUUCGAGAGCCUAGCCCAGCUAGAGAACCUGUGCAAGCAGCUGUAUGAGACCACAGACACUGCGACACGGCUCCAGGCAGAGAAGGCCCUGGUUGAGUUCACCAACAGUCCCGACUGCCUGAGCAAGUGCCAGCUGCUUCUAGAAAGAGGGAGUUCAUCCUACUCCCAGUUGUUGGCAGCUACAUGCCUUACGAAACUCGUGUCACGCACAAACAACCCGCUACCAUUGGAGCAGCGAAUUGAUAUCCGAAACUAUGUGCUCAACUACCUUGCCACCAGGCCGAAGCUGGCCACGUUUGUCACACAAGCACUGAUCCAGCUGUAUGCUAGGAUCACUAAGUUGGGCUGGUUUGACUGUCAGAAGGAUGAAUAUGUCUUCAGGAACGUGAUCACAGAUGUCACAAGGUUCUUGCAGGAUAGUGUAGAACACUGCAUCAUAGGAGUGACAAUCCUGUCCCAACUAACUAAUGAAAUUAAUCAAGUAAGUGCUACAGCCUUCCUCAGUGAAGCUGAUACUACUCAUCCACUGACCAAGCACAGGAAAAUAGCCUCUUCCUUCCGAGAUUCAUCUUUAUUUGAUAUUUUCACACUGUCAUGCAAUUUACUGAAACAGGCUUCUGGGAAGAACCUGAACCUAAACGAUGAGAGCCAGCAUGGUCUGCUCAUGCAGCUUCUAAAGCUCACUCAUAAUUGCCUGAACUUUGAUUUCAUUGGCACGUCAACAGAUGAGUCCUCAGAUGAUCUUUGCACUGUGCAGAUCCCAACCAGUUGGAGAUCAGCAUUCUUGGAUUCUUCGACCCUUCAGCUGUUUUUUGAUCUUUAUCAUUCCAUCCCUCCUUCGUUUUCUCCUCUGGUUUUGUCCUGUUUAGUGCAGAUUGCCUCUGUACGCAGAUCCCUCUUCAACAAUGCAGAACGAGCAAAGUUUCUGUCUCAUCUCGUUGAUGGAGUCAAGCGAAUACUGGAAAACCCCCAGAGUUUAUCAGACCCAAACAACUACCAUGAGUUCUGCCGAUUGCUGGCCCGAUUGAAAAGCAAUUACCAGCUGGGAGAGCUGGUGAAGGUGGAGAACUAUCCCGAGGUCAUCCGACUCAUUGCCAACUUCACCGUGACCAGCCUGCAGCACUGGGAGUUUGCACCAAACAGUGUUCACUAUCUGCUGAGCUUGUGGCAGCGGCUGGCAGCAUCAGUGCCCUACGUGAAAGCCACUGAGCCUCACAUGCUGGAAACAUACACACCAGAAGUCACAAAGGCGUACAUCACAUCCAGACUGGAAUCUGUGCACAUCAUAUUGAGGGAUGGUUUGGAGGAUCCACUGGAUGACACUGGCCUCGUGCAGCAGCAGCUGGAUCAGCUCUCCACCAUUGGCCGGUGUGAGUAUGAGAAGACAUGUGCUCUGCUCGUGCAGCUCUUUGACCAGUCAGCCCAGUCCUACCAGGAGCUGCUGCAAAGUGCCACCGCCAGCCCCAUGGACGUUGCUGUGCAGGAAGGGCGCCUGACGUGGCUCGUCUACAUCAUCGGGGCAGUGAUUGGUGGUAGGGUCUCAUUUGCCAGCACAGAUGAGCAGGAUGCAAUGGACGGCGAGCUGGUUUGUCGGGUGCUGCAGCUGAUGAACCUGACGGACUCACGGCUGGCACAGGCUGGCAAUGAGAAGUUGGAGCUUGCCAUGCUGAGCUUCUUUGAGCAGUUCCGGAAGAUCUAUAUUGGAGAUCAGGUGCAGAAGUCUUCCAAGCUGUACCGCCGUCUCUCAGAGGUCCUGGGGCUGAACGAUGAGACCAUGGUCCUGAGCGUCUUCAUAGGGAAAAUCAUCACCAACCUGAAGUACUGGGGUCGAUGUGAGCCUAUCACCUCCAAGACGCUGCAGCUGCUCAAUGACCUCUCCAUUGGGUACAGCAGCGUCAGAAAGCUGGUGAAGCUGAGCGCUGUGCAGUUCAUGCUGAACAAUCACACGAGUGAGCACUUUUCCUUCCUGGGCAUUAACAAUCAGUCCAACCUGACUGACAUGAGAUGUCGGACUACGUUCUACACGGCACUUGGGCGUCUUCUCAUGGUGGAUUUAGGAGAAGAUGAGGAUCAGUACGAGCAGUUCAUGCUUCCCCUGACAGCUGCCUUUGAGACUGUGGCACAGAUGUUCAGCACAAAUACUUUCAAUGAACAAGAGGCAAAAAGAACUUUGGUUGGUUUGGUGAGAGACUUGAGGGGAAUCGCCUUUGCCUUCAACGCUAAGACCAGCUUCAUGAUGCUGUUUGAGUGGAUCUACCCAUCCUACAUGCCAAUCCUACAGCGGGCGAUUGAGCUCUGGUACCACGACCCAGCCUGCACGACGCCUGUCCUCAAACUGAUGGCUGAGCUGGUACAUAACAGAUCCCAACGGCUGCAGUUUGACGUGUCCUCACCGAAUGGCAUCCUGCUCUUCAGAGAGACCAGUAAAAUGAUAACUACUUAUGGAAAUCGUAUCCUAACGCUUGGGGAGGUCCCAAAGGAUCAGGUCUAUGCCUUGAAGCUGAAGGGGAUUUCCAUCUGCUUCUCUAUGCUGAAGGCCGCACUGAGUGGGAGUUAUGUCAACUUCGGGGUCUUCCGUCUGUACGGGGAUGAUGCACUGGACAAUGCCUUGCAAACUUUUAUCAAGCUUCUGCUUUCCAUCCCUCACAGCGACCUCCUGGACUAUCCCAAACUCAGCCAGUCGUACUAUUCCUUGCUGGAAGUUCUUACCCAGGACCACAUGAACUUUAUAGCCAGUCUGGAGCCUCAUGUAAUCAUGUAUAUUCUCUCUUCCAUUUCAGAAGGCCUCACUGCACUGGACACCAUGGUUUGCACAGGCUGCUGCUCCUGUUUGGACCACAUUGUCACCUAUCUCUUCAAGCAGCUGUCUCGCAGCACCAAGAAGAGGACCACACCUCUGACCCAGGAGAGCGACCGCUUCCUGCACAUCAUGCAGCAGCACCCCGAGAUGAUCCAGCAGAUGCUGUCAACAGUGCUGAAUAUCAUCAUCUUUGAAGACUGCAGGAACCAGUGGUCAAUGUCUCGGCCUCUGCUCGGCCUGAUACUGCUCAAUGAGAAGUAUUUCUCUGACCUGAGGAACAGCAUUGUGAACAGCCAGCCCCCGGAGAAGCAGCAGGCCAUGCACCUCUGCUUUGAGAACCUCAUGGAAGGCAUCGAGCGCAACCUCCUCACCAAGAACAGGGACAGGUUCACACAGAACCUGUCGGCGUUCAGACGGGAGGUGAACGACUCCAUGAAGAAUUCCACCUACGGAGUCAACAGCAACGACAUGAUGAGCUGACAGCUCCCAGCUCCUCCUGCACGGCGCAGCAUCUCUUUGGCCCGGCCCAGAGGGGUUCCCGUUUUCCGAUGGAAAGAAAAGAAGGGGCGUUUUCUAAUCCCUGCUCUCCCCCAGGGCUGAGCUGCGGCGCUGCUUUGGCCCCCGUGCUCCACGUCCAUAGGGAGGAAGGGAGCAGGAGGGGUUGAUCGGCGGGGGCAGGGUGCUUCUGUUUCCAUGGGAGGGGGUGGAAGGGCAGCGAUCAGCGCCAGCACGGCGGCCCCCGACCCGCACACGUCGGCUGCAGCCCCCGCCUUGUAUAAAACAUGUACAUUUUUUCAUAAACAUUUUGAACAAGGUUUAUAUUGACUCGAGGUUUAAAAAAAAAAGAAAAAAAAAAGAAAAAAAAUUACGAAAAAAAAAACAAAAAAAAAACCACACACACGCAGACACACACACACACACAAAAUAGAAAAACAAAACAAAAAAAAAAGAAGUGUGAUUGCAAAUGUUUCUCUAUAGAGUCCUGGUGCACCGGUGAGGGGUUGUGUGUGCGAGUGAGGAAGCAGGGGCUGGAUGGGCCGGGGUGGGUGAAUGGGAGCGACCACCAUAGAGAGAAAGAGAGAGAGAGAGAGAGAGAGAGAGGGAAGAAAACAAAAACAGAAAAACAAAAAUGGACAAAAACAAAACCGAACCACACCGAAAAGCAUCCUCUGAUCCCCAGUGUGCAUUUUUUUCUUCUUCAGGCCCUUACAACAAAACAACUCACGGCCUCCCGUCCUGCCCUCGUUGUUAGGAACUCGAAGCCAUGCCGUGUGCUCUCAUUCCUGCUUGCUCGUGGGUGUCCCCCCUUCCUCUCCCCUUCCUCUCCCCCCACCCUGUGUAGCGAUGUCAGCCCGCUUUGGCAAUGCCCCCCCACCCCCAAAAUGUGGUACCCCCCCCUCCCCACCCCGCAGGAGCACUGAAGUGGGUGCAGCCCCUCGGAGCACAGCCGGGGGGUCGCAGCGAGGAUUUGCCCAGCAUGAAGCAUUCACACCCCCUGCAAAAAGAGCCCCUUUUCUUUGCGUUUUUUUUCCCCUCUCUAAGUCACCACAUCAACGUUCUGGAUGUGAAAUUUGCUGACAGAGGAAAGCGGAUGGAGGGGGGGGGGACGGGGGACGUGUUGGCCUCCUACUUUUCCCACUGUUGUUGCUGCUAUCGGUGUGUGCGCCCUCUGCUCAGCUCUCCCACCGCUCCGUCCCGAGGGUCUCAGUUCUCAUCCCACACCUCCUCCUCCUCUUCUUCUUUUCCCCUUUUCAUUUCUUUUCCCCUUUUUUUCUUUUUUUGGUUGGUUCUUCUCCCUUCUUUCCUCCGGCGAUUGCGUGUUGGGUCCUUUUCCGCGUGAGCCGAUUGCUGGUUGACUUGUAAGGGUGUUUGCUGCAUACAGUGUAAGCAUUGUGACUGCAAAUAAACUUCAAUGGUUUCUA